AGAAGCCAAAGCCAGGAGGACAACUGUCUACGCUUUGACGAGCUACAGUCGACGUCAACUAGAGACCAACGUUGCAGUUCCUGCACUUGAUUCCUCCACCCGUAACUUCCCAACCACCACCACGCCGUGCUCAAGGUCUCACUUUGCAAUUGCCUCUUUCCCAAGCAACCAAGCAACACAUCGCAUCUCAAACCAAGACAUCCAUGACCGGAUCCGACAACGUCGACGUGGUGGAGCAGGCUGUCAACCUCUUCUACUCCUCCUUCAAGCAGUACGCUAACCUCCCGCGCGAGGCUCUGACCAUCGCAGCCGCACCCGGACGCGUGAACCUCAUUGGUGAACACACGGACUACAACGACGGCUUCGUGUGUCCCUUGGCACUGGACAAGACGACGGUAGUGGUGGGCGUACGCGCACCCGCCGAGUCUGCAUCGAUUUCCAAACUGACGUCCGCGAGCUUUCCCGGUCAGGUGCUGGAGUUCCCGGCCGACAACACGGAGCAACUGGACAAGACGCAGCCGUCAUGGGGUAACUACCCCAAAGGCGUGACGGCCGAAUACCUCAAACACCUGAACCGUAAGGAGCCUCUGGGUGUGCACGCGGCUAUCGUGAGCACCGUGCCGUUCGGUAGCGGUCUGAGCAGCUCUGCGGCGCUAGAGGUGGGAUUUGCCACCUUCUUGGAGAGUUUGUUCGAGAUCAAAGGCGUGUCGGCUAUUCAGAAAGCGCUACUGUGCCAAGCAGCCGAGCACGAGUACUGCAACGUGCCGUGUGGCAUCAUGGACCAGUUCAUCUCUUCGUGUGGCAAGAAAGACUGCGCACUAUUGAUCGACUGCCGCACCAAGGAGCCCACACCUGUGGCCUUCCAGGACCCGGACGUGGUUAUUGUGGUGUGCAACUCGAACGUUAAGCAUGAGCUGAACGGCGGCGAGUACAAGGAGCGCGUCAUGCAGUGCCAGGCGGCCGUCAAGACUCUCCAGACUCACGGUCAUCCGCAGAUGACGCACCUACGUGACGCGACGAUGUCCGAGCUGGACGCGGUGCGUGAGGCGCUGGGCGAUGAGGUGGUGUAUCGUCGAGCACGCCACGUGGUCACGGAGGACGGGCGCACGGUGGCUGCUGUGGAGCACAUCCGUGCGCGUCAGUACGCCGAGGCGGGCCAGCUCAUGUUCGAGAGCCACACGUCUCUGCGUGACGACUACGAAGUGAGCACACCCGAGCUGGACUACCUGGUGGAGACGGCUCGCGGCUGUGAAGGCGUGUUUGGCGCGCGUAUGACGGGCGGCGGUUUCGGAGGCUGCAUCGUGGCGCUCGUGCAGCAGCAGCACGCGCAGAAGCUCAUGGACACGCUGGAUGCUGGUUAUCCUGUGGCCAAAUUUGGUUCCACGCUGCCGAAGCCCGCGAGCUUCCUCACGCGUAUCGGCGAUGGCGCUCACGUGAAGGAUAAGUUGCUAACCUUUGACGCACUGACUGGUAGUCAAUUUCUACUUGAAGCGGUAGUGUGCACUGUUCACAUGCCACUUCUCAGUGCUGAUCGCAAGAUAUGGCGCUGGGGAGAGUAUGAUGUGCUGUGUCUCGAUCAACUGGACGUGUUGGUGUUCACCCGGAUUUACUUGCUCGGUCGGGUACUGAGAAACCAAUUGGGUCUGAAUUCUGCAUCACAUGAAGCGCGACUUAUUGGUAAGCACCUAGGGAACAAAUCUUUAGAUUCUCAUAUCUAUUCAUAUUAUUUUAAUUAUUUUCGUUCGUGCAGGCUCUAUUCACCAAAUGGAUUUAUCGUCUAUCUGGCUCAACGUGAAGUUUUCCUUCCAGAAAUUCCCAUUCGAGUCGAGUCUGAUCCUACUGACAAUCGACUGGCUGCUCACAUCAGUUGCACUCAACUUCUUCGAGCGGCCAAGUAACCCGACUGAGACGAACGCCAGUGACGCCUUCUGGCUGACGAUUGUCACCAUCACUGGAGUUGGCUACGGCGACACUUUCCCGUGGACUCUAGGUGGCAAGAUCGUCAUCGCAAUCGGAGGAAUCAUCGGCGGUAUGGUCAUCGCGUGCUUGCUGCGUGUCAUUCUGAUCGAUACACUGCAACUCUCUCCUCAAGAACAAACGGUACUCGACGUCGCGCGCUUCUAUCGCUAUAUUCGCCAACGCAAAGAGAGCGCUGCAGUUCUCAUUCAAAGCGGUUGGAAGUACCAUCGAGCCAAAAAUGUAUCCACCAGCAGCGGCAGGGGCAACGAGAAGAUCCAUCUAUACGCCGCCUCCGAAGCCUUUCGUCUACUACGCUUUGCGCAACCGCCAAGUUUGGCAGGAGACACGUACUUGAACUCGAUGUCGUCUCUUUCUGGUGCUAGUGUGGCCGAUUUUGUGACCAAGCGAGCCGAUUGGCUUCGCGAGAGUAUUGGAGACCGGCGCACACGGAGUUACAAUGAGCUGGAGCGAACGAAAGACCUCUUCCGAUCGAUUGCUGCCAGCUCAUAAAACGCUGUAAACUUGAAUGCAUUCAGACGGAAAAAAACAUUAAAAUUUUAAUGUUUUUUUUCGUCUGAAUGCGUUUACAAUACAAUACAAUACAAUACUAGUAAUGUUUAC